CUAAGCUUUAUCUGCUACCAACACUUCAAUCUUCUUUUCUUCAUUCACUUCUCAAUUCUUCCCAUUACCUUCGUUCUCUCCCAUACCAAAAAAAAAAGAUGGUUUCCGAACCCGAACCAGAAUCAGAAUCCGAACCCGAAUCUGAGUGCACCGAAAUCCCCAUCGAUAACGAUCAUCCCUACCUCCACUACCAAGAAGAAGAAGAAGAAGAAGAAAAAGAGAAACACAAACCGAAAGUAGACCUACUAUCUCGUAAUCUCGCUUCUCCUCAGUAUUCCGAUAACAGCCACGACUACGACGACGAUCACAACGAAGACGACGAAGAAGACGACGAGGAAGAAGAAGCCGUAACAAACAAACAAAAUCAUUUCAACGACGAAACGCUCAUCCAUCCUCAUUCACUCCUUCCAUCUCCCGCGCCGCCACACACUUUAAAAUCCACGUCACCACCUCGAAACGAGGACGUUUCCUCCGGAAUCGGCACCUUCAUCAGACAGCGAAGCUCCGGCCUCUCGGACGCAAUCUUAAAGAGGAUCUCGACGUUUCGCCAAAACGACGACGUUUCGGACAAGAAGAAGGUGGAAAUCAUGGAGUUCAACCUCUCCGGUGUCAAGGUGGUAGUAGAGCAGAAACAGGAGGAAGUGAAUCAACUGAAAGGAAGAAUCACCUUCUUCUCGAGAUCGAAUUGCAGAGACUGCACCGCCGUGAGGAAAUUCUUCAGAGAGAAAGGACUUCCGUACGUUGAGAUAAACAUCGACGUUUUCAGGGAGCGUGAGAAGGAGUUAAUGGAGAGAACCGGAGUCUCAGCGGUGCCGCAGAUUUUCUUCAACGAGAAGAUGUUCGGCGGUUUGGUGGCGCUUAACUCGCUGCGUAGAAGCGGCGAUUUCGAUCGGAGGGUGGCGGAGAUGCUGGCGGAGAAGUGUCCCGACGUAGCGCCGGCGCCGCCGGUGUACGGUGUCGAUCCUAUAAAUCAUGAUAGGAAAGACGAACUUUAUGAUCAGAUUAGGUUCGUACGGCAGAAAAUUGUGAUCAGUGAUCGGUGGAGGAGGAUGAAGAUCGUGAGGGACUGUUUCGUUGGCGAAGAGCUCGUUAAUGCUUUGGUUGAAUACCUUGGUUGCGCGCGUAGCGAGGCUGUAGUGCUCGGAAAACAGUUAGCCAGGAAGCACUUCAUCCACCAUGUUUUCGGGGAACAUGAUUUUGAGGAGGGAAAUCACGUAUACCGUUUCCUUGAGCAUGAACCUUUUAUCGAAAGUUGCUACAAUUUCCGUGAUGCCACAAAUUAUAAUGAACCAAAGUCUGCAGCUGUUGUUGGCGACAGGCUUACCAAGAUUAUGUAUGCCAUUCUUGAGUCCUAUGCUUCUGAUGACAGACAAUAUAUUGAUUAUGAUGCCGUUAGACAAAGUGAAGAAUUUCGUAGGUAUGUAAAUAUGACAGAGGAUCUCCAUCGGGUCAACCUAUUGGAACUAUCAGAAAACGAGAAACUUGCCUUCUUCUUAAAUUUGUAUAAUGCCAUGGUCAUCCAUGCUAUUGUUAGAAUAGGUUAUCCAGAAGGUGUAAUGGAAAGAAUGUCAUUCAAUACCACUUUUCAGUAUUUAAUUGGAGGCAGCCCUUUUUCUAUAUCUGAUAUAAAAAAUGGUGUCCUCAGAUGCAAUCAGAGGUCAGCAUAUUCCUUAGGCAAACCCUUUGGCACAGGAGACAAGCGAUUGGAGGUUGUUCUUGUCAAGUUUAAUCCGUUAAUUCACUUUGGACUUUGUAUGGGUUCAAAGUUCAGUCCAAAGAUUAGAUUCUUCUCAGCUCAAAGAGUAGAAGAUGAAUUAAGAGGUGCUACAAGAGACUUCUUUGAGAAUAAUAAUGGAAUUGAAGUGGACCUGGAGAAGAGAACAGUUCAUCUCACUCCGCUUUUAAAGUGGUUCGGUGGUGAUUUUGGUACAGAGAAAGAUAUACUAAAUUGGGUACUUAAUUACUUGAGUCCCAGUAAAUCAGGCCUUUUGUCUCAUCUCUUAUGUGAUGCUGGCCCUGUUAAUGUUUCCUACAAGAAUUUUGAUUGGUCAAUGAAAACUUGAUUAGGUAGCAACCCCAUUAUUUGAUUCAGCAACUGAAUGAAUGUCUGAAUUCAAGGUAAUGUUCAUUGCACAUGUCCCGGCUUUUGACAUGUUUUUCCUUCCAAAUGAGAGAGAGUUGGAGUGAUAUCAUACCCAAAACAAAUAGAUAAUUCAGAGAUAGAUAUGAUAAUUCAGAAGCUCUAGAUGUUUUACUUUUCAAUGGAGUUGGUUUUAAUAAGUAGAAAUUUUAAAGUAGUGAGAGAUUAUUGACUAUGAUAAUGUUGUAAACCACUUCAGAGUUGUGUCUCUUUUUU